AUGGCGAUGGUGACGGCCAUCGAGGAGGCCAUCAACGAGGUGAAGCCGAUCAUCAUGGAGGUGAUCGCCCAGCACGAAGCUUCGGGCGACGACGAGGGCACGAAGCAGAUCAUGGUGGCGGCCGAAGGCAUUAUCAAACUCUUGGUGGGGAAGAAGCUCGCGACGGAGAAGGUGUGGAUCAAGAUCCUCCAGGUGGGCACACAUCAGGAGAACAGGUUCGGAGUAGGUCUGGAGGUCACCGACGUACACGACUUCCUGGAGGUGAUCAUCUUUGGCGGUUUCGGGUACGAUAAAUGCGUUGGGGCGGUCUGCUUCGAGAUGGCGCCGUCGGGCAAGGCUCGGGAGGCUCAGUGGGCCUUUAACGAGCCGCUCACUUCUUCGAGCUCUGGGUACCUGCCAGCGUUCGAGCCCCCCGACCUGAAGUACCUCUCAGUGACGUGCUCGCACACCGUGGCAGGUGCGAGGUGCGUGGCGCCAUCGGCGAAGGGCACCAUGGAUCAGAUCUUGGACGACCGUGGCAACAUCGCUCGCGAGAAGGUGAUGUCGAUUUGUUCCUCAUACGAGCAGCCCCUCGUGCACGGGAUGCCGUGGACCGUGAUUUGCCGCGAGGUGGACGCGGCCAUUCCAGAGUUGGCGUCGUUUUUGCAGGAAGCCGACAACGCCGACCACGGCGCAAACAGACAGCAGAGCAAGAUGCAGACACUCCUGCAGAUCCAUAGGAUGUCGAACCAACACCAGAAAACCUUCGGCGAGGUCAGGUGGCACAACUCCGAGCGCCAGAUCGAGAGGAUUCGGCCGCAUCUCAAAGGACAGGUGGCUGACUUAUGCUCCUUCGUGGAGUUGUACUCAGGAGGUGUUGACGGCUGCCUGCUGAGCGAGCUCCACGCAUUCGCCCAGACGGUGGGCGAUUGCAGGAGGGACGUCCACGGCUCCACCUUCGGCAUGCUCGCGAAGCUCAAGUACAUGGCAGGCCCCGGGUACAUGACCGCCUGCAUCAAGGCGCGCCUCUGCGCUCCUGCCUCGCAAUGCCGCGACGGCGUCGCGAGGAUGCUCAGCAGCGCGGACCUGGCCGUGACCAAGGGCUCCAAGAAGGCGGACGUCGCGGCGUUCCUGGCCACCACGGCGGCUGCCAAGAGCUUCCUCAAGACGCUCACGAGCGUGCCUGCGGCGGCGAGGGCAAAUGUGCUGGGCCACAUGCAGGUGAGGUGCAUCCACAUGGUCCACAAUAAGCAGGCGAAGGGCCAGAAGAAGUACCAGAACGUCGGAGGGAUAAAGGACACGUUCCUCGACGAGGUCGAGGCCUUGUGCGCUGGGGCCACGGCGGAGGGUCCCUGGGCGAGGUCGGGGGCGCCAGGGGCCAGCGGGUCGACUUCUUCGCCGCCAGCGCGCGGGCGUGGCCUGGUCCAGUUCAGCGCGACGUCCAGCGGCAUGGUGCUCUCCGAUGCUGCGCUGCGCGACCUAGGCUUCAAGACGGGCGCCGUCGCGUGCAAGGCCUCGGCGGAUGCGGACAAGAGCAAGAGCGUCAUCUUCGACAUCGCGGAUGGCAAGGUGACCCUGCAACCGUGCGAGGCCGAGAAGGCAAAGGGCAAGAAGCGCAAGGCCGAUGACGACGAGAGCACCGUGGAGACGGACAACAAGGUCGCCAUCGCCAGCAGCGAGCUGGCCGACGAGUACGAGGUUGCGCCUGCGAACGCGGUGGUUCGGGUCCCGAUCAACAAGAACGCGACUAACACCUGCAACCUCAAGGACUGCCAGCUCGAGAGGCUCAGGUCACAGGUGCGGCUGGCGCUGCUCGAGGCCUACGACUCGAACUUUGAGAGCGUUGACGUCACGAUCGCCUUGCAUGACAGGAAGAACCGCCCGGUUCCGAUCAAGCCGCCCCUUAAGGACGCCGGGCGUCCCAUCGCCCCUCGUUGCGAGCUGCCAGAGCAGAAGCAGCCCACAGCUACUCACUUUGUGGUUCACCACUGGUGCGCGCAGGCGCCGUCGCAGGGUCAGAUUGCGAACGUGGUUCGCACGUUUGUCAAAGUAGCCGUAGCCAUCGAGAUCGGAUCCAAAUCUGUAGACGUCACGCUGGACAUCCCAGCCACGACGAACUCUAGAGUUGUCAAGGCGGGCGAUGUGCUUGCAGCUGCUGCGCCAGCGCAGCAGGCAUCUCCCAAUAAGGCUUAA